AACCCGCCCUGCCCCUGCCCUGCCUGAUAAAGGCCCCGGGCUGGCCAGGAUCUCCAGCCCCUGCUGACAGCGCCUGAUCCAGAGCACCCCUCCGACCCCGCUAUGAGGCUCCUGCUGUCGCUCCCGGUCCUGCUGGUGGCCCUGUGCACGGUGCUGGAAGGCCCAGCCCCGGCCCAGGCAGCCCCCGACUUCCAAAAGACCCUGGAAACCAUCCCAGAAAAGCUGAAGGAGCUGGGACACACCCUGGAAGACAAGGCCCGGACAGCCUUCGACCACAUCAAGAAGAGCGAGAUUCCUGCUAAGACCAAGACCUGGUUUUCAAACGCAUUCAAAAAAGUGCGAGACACAUUUGCAGAUGUUUUCUCCUGAACACCACGAGGGCCAGCCUGCUGUCUUUCGUGGCCUUGCCCCAGCUCCUUGGUCCCAGGAGGGGCCCCUGAAAUUUCCCAUACCCUUGUCCUUGCCCUGAAGACUCCCUCCACGAUGACCAUGUCCCCCCAACCAAUAAAAGGCCUAUGAGAGUC